AUGCGGUCCCUACAACGUUCUGCCGUAGUACCUGUUGCUAUUAUAAGGCAAAAUUCUCCUGAAAACGAAGAAUACUGCCCCGCCCCAGUAGCGUCACCAUGGGGAGAGAUCACCUUUUCUGCGACAUCGACAUUGGAAGGCUUCCCUCCCAAGACGACCGCAGCGCUACGAUGCACGUUUGGGAGAUGGGUUGUUGGACCCUCUUUCGCCACGUGCACUCGAGGAACGUUCCGCCCGCUUUUAGGGAAAUGUACUGAUGGCACGGACGGUGCAACGCCUGGAGUUUGUAUGCCAUUGACACCGCCCUCUAACGGAAUGAUCACCUACAUACAAGCAGGGCGACAAGAGAACUUUGAAGUUGGAACGACGGCUUUGCUUUACUGCUUGGCGUCACAUGCGGUGACUGGGCAAGCUACAGUUGUCUGUUCUAAAGAAGGAUGGCAGCCAUCCAGUGGGUUAGGAACGUGUGAUCCAACGGAGCGCCAGGGAUAG